GCUCCGGCGCUGCCGCGGGAGGCCGCACCCGCCAUGGCUGCCCGGGAGGUACUGGAUGAGUUCACGGCGCCCGCGGAGAAGGCGGCGCUGCUGGAGCAGAGCCGCGGCCGCAUCGAGGGCCUGUUUGGCGUGAGCCUGGCCGUGCUCGGCGCCCUGGGCUCCGAGGAGCCGCUGCCCGCGCGCAUCUGGCUGCAGCUCCGCGGGACGCAGGAGACGGUCCACAGCGCCAAGGAAUAUAUUAAAGGAGUCUGUGAACCUGAAUUAGAAGAAAAAGAAUGUUACCCCAAAGCCUUGCACUGCAUUUUUGUUGGGGCACAGCGCCUGUUCCUGAAGAGCUUGAUUCAGGAUACCUGUGCCGACCUGUGCAUUCUGGACAUUGGUCUUCUUGGCAUCAGAGGGAGUGCCGAGGCUGUGGUCAUGGCCAGGAGCCACAUCCAGCAGUUUGUAAAGCUCUUUGAAAAUAAUGAGAACCUACCCAGUAGUCAGAAAGAAUCAGAAGUGAAAAGGGAAUUUAAACAACUCGUUGAAGCUCGAGCGGACAAUUAUACCAUGGACUUAUUGAUUUUGCCCACUUCCUUGAAAAAAGAACUUUUGGCGCUCACACAAGGUGAAGACAAUCUCUUUGAAACCAGAAACGAUGAGGUUACUGAAGUUAGAGAUUUAAAUCAAACAGAGUUUCCACCUAAGACUGCCACAAGUUUGAAUAUUUCCACAGAUGAACUGAUUUUGCAGGAAGAGACAAGAAAUAAAGCUGGCACCCCUGUUACUGAGCUUACAAAACAAAUGGACGCAGUCUUUUCUAGUUCACCAGAUGCACGCUCUGUACCUGUAAAUGGCCUACCCCCAGAUGAAGAAGGACUUUCCAAAGAGAGAAUUUGUCAUAAGAGGAGAUCUUCUGAUUCUGAAGAAAGGCAUACCAAGAAACAGUAUUCUUUGGAAAAUGCUCAAGAUGGGAAGCUUUUAUGUGAUGGUAAGGCCCCAACCAAAAAUACAAUCACUGACUUACCUGAUUCUGAGCAUUUAAGUCCAGAUGGAAAAGACACCACUGAGGAAAUGGAGUACAACAUCCUUGUAAACUUUUUUAAAACCAUGGGCUAUUCCCAAGAAAUUGUUGAAAAGAUCAUUAAGGAAUUUGGGCCAUCUACCGAACCAUUACUGCUUUUAGAGGAAAUUGAAAAAGAAAAUAAAAGGUUCCAAGGAGACAAAGAAUUUGCACCUGGUACUAUGUAUCCAGAGACCAACAAAACCAAAACGAAAGAUGUCUAUAAUAGCAGCAUAAGUGACCUCACAGUGGAUCCCUCUCUAAAGAAAACACAAGCUCACAGACAGCAAACUAUGAUAGAAAAAUUUUCUCAUUCGCCAUUUACAGCAGAAUCAAAACCAUGUACCUCAAAUUGCAAAAUUAAUACUUACAGAACAGUGCCGACAGAACAGAAACAAGAAAUCUGGAGUUCAAACCAGAACUACAUUUGUAACAUAGACCUUGAAACGGAUGGCCUUUUACCCUCCGGUGUCCCUUCCAAUCCCAAAGAGGAAGUUGUCAGUUUUGUUUCGAGGGGAACCGCAAGUCACCAGUCCAGAGUUGUCCUUUUUCCUGAAAAUGGUUUGCAGCACCAAGCAGAAUCCUUCCUUCCAAAUAAUUUGAAACCUGCCUGCGAGAGUCGUUCCGGAUGUGGUAGCUCUCCUCAGUCUAAGCCAAAUUGCCCACCCCUUUCUCCACCCGUGCGCCUGCCUUCGGUUACCGAGGCAAGGCUCCCAGGACCAUCUGAUCACAUUGAUGCCUCAGUUACAGGGGUUCAAAGAUUCCGAGAUACUCUAAAGGUACCCUACAAGCUGGAAUUAAAAAACGAACCAGGGAGAACGGAUUUGAAGCACAUUGUUAUAGACGGGAGCAAUGUUGCAAUUACCCAUGGUUUGAAAAAGUUCUUUUCUUGUCGUGGAAUUGCGAUUGCAGUUGAGUAUUUUUGGAAGCUUGGCAACAGAAACAUCACUGUGUUUGUCCCUCAGUGGAGAACAAGGCGUGAUCCUAAUGUCACAGAACAACACUUCUUAACCCAGCUUCAGGAACUUGGAAUAUUAUCUUUAACUCCUGCACGAAUGGUCUUUGGAGAAAGAAUUGCUUCUCAUGAUGACAGGUUUCUUCUACACUUAGCAGACAAAACUGGUGGCAUAAUUGUAACAAAUGAUAACUUCAGAGAAUUUGUGACCGAGUCAGUCUCUUGGAGAGAAAUUAUUACAAAAAGGCUGCUUCAGUAUACUUUUGUGGGUGACAUAUUUAUGGUUCCUGACGAUCCCCUGGGAAGAAGCGGACCCCGAUUAGAAGAAUUCCUUCGGAAGGAAGCCUUUAGAAAUAUGCAGCCUCUCCUCAAUGCCCUCCCAAAUAUGGGCAUGUUCGACUCCAGCUUCAGAGUCCCUGGUGCCCAGGCAGUCAACACCAGCCACCAGCCUCCUGCCCGGAUUCAGGGAGCCCCUCCAAGCCACUGGCUUCCUCAGCAGCCCCACUUCCCACUUCUUCCCAAUAUCCAGCAAAAUCUGCCCGGACCAGCCCAGAGGUCUUCUGCGGAAACCAGCGAGCUGAGGGAAGCCCUUCUCAAGAUCUUCCCUGAUUCCGAGCAAAAACUGAAAAUCGACCAGAUUCUGGCGGCCCAUCCGUACAUGAAAGAUCUGAAUGCCCUGUCUGCCAUGGUCUUGGACUGA